AUGCAACGGGAUUCCAUUCAUGAGCCUCUCCUUUUUGUUCCUGAGCACGGCCUACCCAGCGGGUGUCGAGUCUCAAGAUGCGGUGUUCCACAGGGAUGGAUGUUGCUGGCGGCGGGGGGCCACGCGUGGAUGGCGGCGCUGCUGCAGCACAUGGAGGAGGAGAGCGGCCGGCGCCGCGACCUGGAGGCGCGGGUGGCUCGCCUGGAGGCCGCGCGGGAGCAGCAAGAGGAGGAGGAGGCGGCGCGGCGCUGCGGCCUAGCGCAGUUGGAGGCGCGGGUGGGCGCGGUGGAGGAUGGCGUGGCCCGGGCCUUGACAGCCAUGACGUCCACGGUGGACGAGAUGCUGGUCCGCUACCAGCCGCCCCGUGCUGCGACCGCAGUACCAUCUUCUCCGGUGACCGGUAAAGGGGCCGACAAUGCGACUAUCUCCAGCGCCCAUGCCUUUACCACUGCCUCCGCGACGGAGGAACUCGCCGCUGCCCCGUCCGCACCCUCCCCCGCGCGGGCGACGCUGCACGAGGCGGCGGCGGCGGGC